CCAGCGAGCGGUGGCCUGUCCGCCCGCCCCCAUGGCUUCUCCAGACGACCUUGCACCCGCAGAUCAUGUGCCAAAGGAGCCUGUGGAGGACACAGACCCUAGCACUUUAUCCUUUAACAUGUCAGACAAAUAUCCCGUUCAAGACACCGCACUCCCUAAAGCUGAGGAAUGUCAUACACUUGCUCUGAAUGGCCCACCAAAUUCUGAUGAACAACAUCAGGAAGAAGAAAAUGACCAUCCAGACAGUACUGGAUAUCCCCUUUCAGAUUUAAGCAAGGAGACGUCCUGUCAAGAAAAUUGUACAUGCUCCACCUGCUCCCUCCGGGCCCCCAAUAUAAGUGACUUGCUCAAUGAUCAGGAUAUACUAGAUGUAAUCAGGAUAAAGCUGGAUCCAUGCCACCCAACCGUAAAGAACUGGAGGAAUUUUGCAAGCAAAUGGGGUAUGCCCUAUGACGAACUGUGCUUCCUGGAGCAGCGGCCUCAGAGCCCCACCUUGGAGUUCCUGCUCCGGAACAGCCAGAGGACGGUGAACCAACUCAUGGAGCUCUGCAGGCUCUACCAUCGGGCCGACGUGGAGAAGGUCCUGCGAAAGUGGGUGGAGGAGGAGUGGCCCAAGAGGGGCCACAGUGACCGCCUCUGGCACUUGUAGAGCAGGGUUCUUGCCUUUGCCGGCCUCUGUGGGCAUUGAAGCUACUGGGAAUCCAGGAGGAAUGUUUAUCUGCUCUUUUGAGGACAAGAACGUAGAACAGAGGACAUUUUAAAAAUUUUCCCCAAGCAGGUAGUUUUGUGGAGGGUAGGUGGUCAUUUGGUGGUGGAUUUUUUGUUUAUUUUUGCACAUCUAGUUUUAUUUAAUAUUUGAAUCUGGAACUGGGGAAAAUAUUCUGCUAGCGGCUCCUAAAGCCUCUAACUCGAAUGGAUCCAUGCUAUUCUAAAGAUAAGAUUGUCUUCCCCCUUAAGUGUGGCGAAAGCUUUAACCAAAUAGGGCUUGGACUCAUCACACACAGAUAAUCUGUGAUCAAGGGCACUCCCACCAGGAAGAAAAAACCAACAUUGAGAAUCCCUGCUUUGUCUGUUUGUUGCUUCUGUUGUUGUUGUUCUAAAACACUUGGGGUUGCAUAGCAAUUACCUUCAUAGCAUAUGUGAAAUCUUUUGAUUCAAAUAACUUUACUAUCUGUGCAUGAUCAAAAAUGUCAUUUGCUCAAGUUUUUUUUUCUUUCAAAUUAUAAAAACCUGUGACUAUUGAUUGGGAGGUUAGAGUCAUGGGAAUGGUGUUCGACAGGGUUUGUUAUCUCUGAUUUAAUAAAUUUACCUUAAUAUUAA